AUGGCUGAGAACCGAAAGCUGGACAUGUCUCUCGACGACAUCAUCCGCCUGGACGGCAUCAAGGGCCCCAGAAGGGGCGGCGGCAGAAGCGGACCACCUAGUGGUGGCCGUCGUGACAACUUCUCCAGAGGAAGCGGCGGAAGCAAUGGCCGCUACCAGCCGAAGCGCCUGAACACCGGCGGCGGCUUCCGGGCCAACAGCUACAACGGCGACCGAAGCUAUCAGCAAAGCCGAAGUGGCUACUCCAAUGGCGGCGGCUAUCGUGGACGAUCUUCUGCAAAUGGCUUCGAAGGUGGUCGAGGCCUCGGAGGUGGCGGCGGUGGUCGACGCCAGUGCACCCUGCACGUCUCCAACCUCGCCUCCACCGUGAACGCCGAGGACGUCGAGGAGCUCUUCUCCACCUUCGGCGACCUGGUCCGCUCCACCGUCCACUACGACCAGCACGGCAGCAGCCUGGGCACGGCGGACGUCGUCUUUGAGCAGCGGGAGAACGCCACCGAGGCGCGCCACAAGCUGAACAAUGUCCCGCUUGACG